AUGUUCCUGACUCGAAGGAAGAGACUUCACCUCAGCCGGAUUAUAUUUCUUCUGUCCGGGGUUUUCCUUUGCUCUUUAUAUCAACUCACUAUCAGAGCCAGACUUCCGGAUCCCUGGCCCGAACCCCAACGAGCCGGAGACCCUGAGGAUGGCUCUGGACUUGCCCUGGAAGGAGGACUGUCAGAAAUGCCAGAGGUCAUGACUAAUUCGACCAUUGUUCACCCAAAAAACUCAGAUGAGGUUCGUUCAUCAGAGACAGCAACCAAUGCACCUGUCCUAACAACAUCUACUACAACAGAGGCACCUUCCACAACAACAAACAGGACAAUCGUCCACUGCAUCUAUGUGGAUCCAGACCUCCCAAAACCUACUCCAGUUCCAACUCCAGCAACUGAAACGACCACACUGGUGCCCAACACUACCGCAUCCCUACCUGGAGAUGCACCACAUAUGAAGGGCGAGUAUCCAGAGGACAUCUUCUCAAUAGAGGAUCGACGCAAAGGCUGGGUCAUUCUCCAUAUUUUUGGAAUGGUAUACAUGUUUGUUUCUUUGGCCAUUGUCUGUGAUGAGUUUUUCGUCCCGACAUUAGGGGUUAUAACAGACAAACUGGCCAUCUCUGAUGAUGUAGCUGGGGCAACGUUCAUGGCCGCUGGAGGCUCAGCUCCUGAACUUUUUACCUCUUUGAUUGGUGUCUUCAUUUCUCAUAGCAAUGUGGGCAUUGGGACCAUUGUUGGCUCGGCUGUUUUUAACAUCCUCUUUGUUAUUGGAAUGUGUGCACUGUUUUCACGUGAGAUGCUUCACCUCACCUGGUGGCCUCUCUUUCGGGACGUGUCCUUCUAUAUCCUGGAUCUCAUCAUGCUCAUCAUCUUCUUCCUGGACAACACCAUUAUGUGGUGGGAGAGCAUGAUGCUGGUGGGAGGUUAUGCCCUCUAUGUAACCUUCAUGAAGUUCAAUGUUCAGUUAGAGCGCGCCUUUAAGUCUCAGCUCAGGAAACACAAGAACAUCGUCAAAGUCAUUGCAGUGGAAGAACCUGAGAAGGAUAAUGGGACCUCAGGUGAAGAGAACAGGCCACCUGAACCAGAAGACAAGAAUCGAUUAAAGCUGAAGCCCACACUGCAGCGCGGGGGUAGUUCAGCCUCUCUGCAUAACAGCACCAUGAGGAACACCAUCUUCCAGCUGAUGAUUCACACUCUGGAUCCUCUUGGAGAGGAGUCAGUGUUUAAUGGAGAUGCAAAGGCUAGAAGCUCUUUGGAAUGUAAAGUGAAAUUUAAAGACAAGGCUCAGAUUUUGAACGACAUGGCCCGGGGGAAGGUAGAGAACAAAAAGAAGGAAAAAUCUGGUGAAGGUGAUGAUCAGUCGGAGCAGACCAGGGAUUCAAAAGACGCGGCUCCGGGAGCCAAAGAUGAAGACGCCAAUCAGAAGUCUGAGGCACAAAAGGAUGGAGACAAUGCAGCAGGAGGAGGUGCAGAGAAGCCAGGAGGUUCAGACGAUUCAGGGGAUGAUGAUGAAGAUGACAGUGAUGAAGAGAGUGAUGAUGACGAUGAUGACGACGAUGAUGAUGACGACGAUGACGAAAAUGAAGAUGAAGCUGGGGAGGAUGGAGAUGAACCGCUGUCUUUAGAGUGGCCGGACACCAGACGUAAACAGGCCACGUAUUUGUUUCUGCUGCCCAUUGUCUUUCCACUGUGGCUGACCGUGCCAGAUGUCAGAAACCCUGCAUCCAAGAAGUUCUUCGUCAUUACCUUCCUUGGCUCUAUAGUGUGGAUUGCUAUAUUUUCCUAUUUGAUGGUGUGGUGGGCACAUCAGGUUGGUGAGACCAUUGGCAUCUCUGAGGAGAUCAUGGGUCUUACUAUUCUGGCUGCCGGAACAUCGAUUCCUGAUCUAAUCACCAGUGUGAUUGUGGCAAGGAAAGGCUUGGGAGACAUGGCUGUCUCCAGCUCUGUAGGCAGCAACAUAUUUGACAUCACCAUGGGGCUGCCGGUGCCCUGGCUGAUGUUCUCGUUCUUCCAUUCCCUUGCCCCGGUGCCGGUGAGCAGUAAUGGGCUGUUCUGUGCCAUCGUGCUGCUCUUCCUCAUGCUCCUCUUCGUCAUUAUUUCCAUCGCUGCCUGUAAAUGGAGGAUGAACAAAGUGCUGGGCUUCACCAUGUUCAUCCUCUACUUUGUGUUCCUGGUGCUCAGUGUCAUGCUGGAGGAUCGAAUCAUCGUGUGUCCCGUCUCCAUCUGA